AUGUAGCACACUAAUUUUAAUUUCUUAGAUAAGAUAAUGACUUAAUGUCAUGUGACCCAGUGGCUCCAAACCAGACAAAAGACACAUCUCUUUUUUAUUACAUUUUACUGCUUCUUCUAUUUUAUAUGAAUAUUUAUGAUUAUUAUUCAGCAGUUUUGACUUUAAGAUGACAGACAUACUGUGAAUCUUCCAGUAUUCAGUGGUAUGAGUCAUGUUUCUGUGCAGUCAGGAGGAAUCUGGCAGAUCUGUGGCUGCAGGUCUUCAGUUUUCAUUCCGAGGAAACGAAACUCAGGGCGGACUUCCUCGCCGCCUUGUUCGCGCGAACCAGUUCGCACAGCUCAAAAUUCAGAAUUUCUUUCUCUUAUUUUCUCCUCUCUUAUUGAUUUUCUCUGAAUGUUCAUGAUGAGAGCUGCUCGUAUCUCUGAAUGUUCAUGAUGAGAGCUCCUACAGCUGUUUGAAACUUCGCCGCACGUCCGAGGCGAAUUCGCGUCAGUUCGCGGUCCUCGCACUCUUAGAAACGGCCCCGCCUGUUAAAUUCGCCUGUGGUUGUUCGACAGUAGCUCGUCACUUACAGUAAAGAGGAAGUUGGACAUCACUCAGAUCGUGUCAGCGAACCCCAAAGCAACAUUCAGAGAGCUUCUGUGUGGAGGAAACAGCUGAAUGAUGAGUCAAACAUCACUGGAGUCCAAACUGGAGGCCCUGCAGUGCCACUUCACCUGGGAUCUGGACCCCAGCAGGUCCAGACUCUUCUUUGUCAGGUACCAGCUGGAGGACAUCGGCACCGAGGAGGGAAACAGCUGGCUGGGUCACGUUUACAACCUGCGGGGGUACGUUCAAUACAAGCUGGGGUUCAGCAAAGAUGCCCAGAGUUUGUUCAACAAGGCUGCAGAGGCCUUCUGCCAGACAAGAAGAGCAGACGCAGACGAGGGUCCCUGGUUAGUGGUGAACUACGGGAACCUGGCUUGGCUGCACCACCACCUGGGAGAACAAGCAGAGAGUCAGGCUUACCUGUCAAAGGUCGACGCCCUGAUGAAUAAAUACCCAUCUCCAUCCCAGGACGAGCUCCAUCCAGAGAUCUACGCUGAGAAAGCCUGGACCCUGAUGAUGUUCAGCACAGACAAGAAGCAGCUGGCUGCAGAUUACUUCCAGAGAGCCAUCAGGAUGCAGCCGGACAUGGUGGAGUGGAAAACCAGCCACAUCUUAGUGUUAGCGAAAGCUGCUGGGAAAACCAACACAGGACUGGAUGCUGACAUGUUGGAGAAAAUGAGAAUCGCAAAGGAAGAAGAUCCAGAGAACUUGUACCUCGCUGCUUACUACCUUCAGCAGAACGCUAAAAUGAUGCAGAGAGAAAAAGUUAAAGAUGAAGCUGGAGAGUUAGCUGAAAAGAUUCUGAGGAAUCCAGUCAGCAGCUACAGCGGUUUGAGAAUACUGCUGUUGGUUUACAUUCGCCACGUAUCUUUUGAUGAGGCCAUUCGGGUGGCAGAGGAGGCUCUGAAACAUCAUCCAGAUGUGCGUUAUCUGAAGAGAUGUGUUGCACGCUGCUACAGAUCAAAGAUUUUUUUCGGAGAGGACGGUCGCCGAGACCAAAGCAUGAUAGACAGAGCGAUCAGCCUCCAUGAGGAGGUGGUUUCUCUUUACCCUCAGUCUUGUCUUUUGAGGAAAAUAGACCUCGCAAACUUAUACGCAAAGUCAAAUCACGGCCAGGCUGAAGCUGAGCAGAUUUACCAGGAGCUGUUAGAGAGCGAUCUGGAUCCUGCAGACAAACAGCUGGUUUACAACAGGUUCGCAAACUAUCUGUUCUUUGAUCAACACGAUCGUCACGGGUCAAUAAAAUAUCACAUGAGAGCAGCAGAGAUACCGAUACAAUCCUUCUUUCGUCAGAACAGCAUCACAAAUCUGGAGAAGUUUAGAGACAGAAACUGGCGCCAGGUGAGUAGAGAAGUAGAGGAGUUUCUGAAACACCUGCCAGAGCCAGAAGUUUAGGUGAUGCAUCACCUAAAGAAAUCUGUAAUUAUGAUGAAAUAGAAAAUUUGGAAAACUUGAGCAAAAUAAAUCUAAAAUAGAAGUGAGAAACUGAUCACAGCGUGAUAGAAUUCAAGGUUUGACUUCUGUCAAUGUGAAUAAUUGCAGCAGAUUUUGUUCAACAAGUUUUUAUCCAAAUAUUAAGUAAAGACGUGUAAUUUCAAUUUUACUUCCUGAUGUCCUGAUAAAUAGUUGUAGAAACAAUAAGGUAUGUAGCUCCCUGCUGAUUUGUUGUAGAUGUAUUUCAGUUGGUUCAGUGUUUCGAUGUGGGCCUAUAAAUGUGGUGCUGCUGUUAAUAUUUGUGUGGUUAAUGUGGUGAAUGAUUACAAACGGACCGGGCGUCAGGACGGGAAAAGGUUAUGAGGACACUGCUGGAUCACUUUGCUGUGGUUCAGGUGUGAGUAUCCUGACCUGCAGGUUCAACCUGGUUUCUACAAACACUACAUCAACCCAGGGUGUUAAUAUCUGACUGUUUGACUGAAUGACUGAUCUAUUGUUAAAUCCUUGUUUUUCAUGCUGAUGUUUAUAUUGAAUAAGAUCUUUAGUUACAGUUAAAGUUAACUGCAUGGGAAAAUUAAUGCUCAGUAACACUAUAGUUGCAAUUAAUAAACGAACCUCCUCUCUGCAGUUCAGCCAGAGUCAUUUUCAAUGUGUGUUAAUUAUUGUAAAACAUCACAAAUUAUACGUUUUAGCAGUUCUCACCGGUCUGAUACAUAAACAGGGUAUUUAUGAAACUCAUGAAACAGAGUUGAUUGAGAGGCUACAUGUGACAUAACAUUGGACUGUGUUUAAGCAUCAUGAUAUUUCAGUAUGAAACUUGCUUUGCUGUAAUCUUGCGUAUUGAUGAAUGAAACUCUCUCAUUGAUCAUGUUAAGAUGUGUCUUAUAACCUGAAUAUUAUCACCAGAUGCAGCUGAUUGUAUUCAUAGAAAGUUUGUUAAUCUGUGCGACUGCAAAAAAUAUGAACGCUAAAAAAUAAACAUUAUGUACACUAAGAAAUCU